AUCGCUGAUGGCGUUUUGUAAGGUUUCCAAGCAACAGUAACUACCGUCGUCCGGGCUUCAUAAACUUUGUUUCUUUUUUAAAAUUUUGUUCAAGUUAAGGUUUUUAACUGAUUUGCAAACACAAUGUCUGGGGUAGUAUCCAGAGCAGAGACUGGAACACCACAUUCAUUUGCUUCAGCAGAUAAAAAGUCACGUGCUGGAACCACUUCUCACCAAUCUGGUCGUGUCACCUUUCCACAAGCUGUAAAAUCUGAAACAAGUUCAGCACUUGUUCGACAUGAAGAAUUGCCACCUGAUCACAACCCUUUUACGAUGCCCCAUGAAAAUGACAUCUUUAUGCUCAGGGACAAGGAAAGGCAAAGAAAAAAAGCAGAGAGGAUCCAUCAAAGAGGGUUGAAGGUGCAUGAGAAGACCACAUAUGCCUCGCGUAUUAAUGCGAAGACAUCUUCAAUGAGGAAUCCGGUAGCAGAUAUAGAAGAGGAUCUGAGCGAGGAUGAUAACGCCGAUGGUGAUGACAAAGCAGUGGCAGUCAAAGAUGAUCCCAGUUACACACUAGCUGUCACUCGAGAUCGCCAUGUUGAGAAAGAAAGUCUUACAGAUUACAUUGCUAAAAAGCGGGAGAUGUUUCUAGUUCAGUACUCACUCGGGGUUAAACGGGACGAAAUGAGAAAGCUGGAAGAAAUUGCACAAGCUGAGGAACGGAAACUGGAAUUGGCAGAACAGUACCUGGAAGAGGAUGCCGCUAUGUUUGAUGAAUUCCUGAAGGAAAAUGACAAGAAUUCUGUUGAGGCCAUCAAAGUAGCUGAAGCAGAAACCAAGGCUAAACUGGAGAAAGUUAAUGAAAUCAAGAAAAUUAAUGCACAAAUCAUGCUGAUCAGGAGUGAGAUAUCAAAAAAUGAAGAUCUACUGAAAGAAUACCAGCUGUAUAAGAAAUUCCUGGACUCACUUACUCCAGAAGAAUGGCUGAGUGAAAGGAAAAAGCAAAGACAAGAGAGAAGGAAAAAGAAGAAUGCAGACAGAGAGUCUAUAUCAUCAGCAGGUAAAAAGAAAGAAACAGGAAGUAUAAGAUCAUCAGCCUCAAGAAAUUCAUUGAAGAAAGGAUCUGCAGGGAAGAGGUCUGUGACUAAGGUUCAGAUUGACACUGAAAGUCAGAAAUCUGAUUCUGAUUACAGUACAGAUGAGGAACCUGAGUUGUUUUUCAAAGAUCCUCAACAGUUGCUCGACAUUUUCCAGGAGCUUGAGGAGCAGAAUUUGUCACUGAUUCAAAACAGUCAAGAAACCGAAGAAUCGUUAGAAGAAAUACGACAAACGAUACAAACUACACAUGCUAAGAUGGAUCGAGAGACAGAAAUUCUGAAAGGCCAGAUAGAUAUGCUGAAAGGGACUAUUAACCGGGAAGAAGAAAAAGCAAUGGAAUUAGAACAUAAAUCAAAGAUGUUUUCAUUUGGAGAGUUCAAGUCAGAAGAUCAGGAAGCUAUGUUAGAUGCUUUGAACAAGAAGGUAGAGGAAGUUUACAGGAACACCAUUGGUGACAAUGAAGCUAACAUAAGCACUCUGCAAAUGCUUACUAACAUUGAGAAUCGACUUGAAGAACUGUUUGAAAGUAUUGAGAUUAUGCCUUCAGAAAAAGUAGAAGCUGCUGAAAAGGCCAAAGAGAAGGAGAGGCGAUUGCGCUUGAGGGAAGAAAAGUUAGAAGCUCAGAGGCUCCAUCAGGAAGAGCGUGUCCGAAGAGCAUUGGAGAGAGCUCAAGCUGACCCAAAGAAAUCUACCGGACGGAAGCUUGUGUUUCGAUCAGAACCACCACAAACCAAGCGCAAGGUGGACCGUUCAAAGGAAAAACAAAACAAGGAGGAAGAAGAGUUGCUAUAUUAUUUCACUUAGCUCCAAAUACAAUUGGUUUAAUUUUUAAAUCUUAAUUUGUAAAUAUACACAUUCAUAAUAUAUCCGUCCAUGUCAUAAAUUAUGGGAUGAAAACACCAAGCAGUUAUAUAAAAACUUGUUUGCUAUUGAAUAUACUUCAUAGUGUAAUAUAAAUAAAAUAUAUCCAAAAUAUAUCUUCUGACUUUAUUUAAUACAGUACAACAUUGUUUUAACAUACAAAAUAUGCAUCAAUAAUUAAUUGACUUUAAAAAUAUUUUUCAGAUUUGAAGAUGUACAGUAUAUAUUAAGUAUGGUAAUACACAACAUAAAUUUAUGUAUCAAAUAUAAAAAAACAUGAAA